UUGUGCAGCAUGAGGGUUUGAAACUAGGAAUACAUUUUUCAGUUUCCCAAAGAAAUGGCAACAAAACCAUCCACUAACAUCUGGAUUCGACGUCAGCAGUGUCCAUGUGGAGAUUGGAAGUGUUACAUUAAGUACGAAGGAGACGAUCAGACAUCAGCAAGUUCUCAGCAAGUAAAGACAGAGGCACUGUCAUCCACGUCAUUUCAGGAAGCUGCCUUCACUCCUUAUGUGGGUCAGAUAUUCAAAAGUGAUGAUGAGGCUUUUGAAUACUACAGUAAUUUCGCAAGGAAGAAUGGAUUUUCAAUCAGAAAAGCACGCUCAACUGAAAGCCAAAAUUUAGGUAUCUACCGGAGAGACUUUGUUUGUUAUCGUUCUGGAUUUAAUCAGCCGAGAAAAAAGGCAAAUGUGGAGCAUCCCAGGGAUCGAAAGUCAGUACGAUGUGGAUGCGAUGCAAAGCUGUAUUUGACGAAGGAAAUUGUUGAUGGUGUCACUCAGUGGUACAUUUCACAAUUUAGUAAUGUUCACAACCAUGAAUUAUUGGAAGAUGACCAAGUGCGUUUGCUUCCUGCAUAUCGGAAGAUACAGGAGGCUGAUCAAGAAAGGAUUCUCUUACUCUCCAAAGCUGGGUUUCCUGUGAAUCGGAUAGUUAAGGUGUUGGAACUAGAAAAGGGAGUUCAACCUGGCCAGUUGCCUUUUAUAGAGAAGGAUGUGAGAAACUUUGUUCGGACUUGUAAGAAGACCGUUCAGGAAAAUGAUGCAUUGCUUACGGAGAAAAGGGAAAAUGAUUUACUGGAACUUCUUGAGGCCUGUAAGGCUAUGGCACAGAGGGAUGUGGAUUUCGUUUAUGACUAUACAACUGAUGAAAAUGAUAAAGUUGAAAAUAUUGCUUGGUCAUAUGGAGAUUCUGUUCGUGCUUAUACACUGUUUGGCGAUGUGGUUACAUUUGACUCCACUUAUCGUUCUAUCACCUAUGGAUUGCUCCUAGGAGUUUGGUUUGGCAUGGAUAAUCAUGGUAACGCUAUUUUGUUGGGGUGUGUAUUGCUGCAAGAUGAAAGUUCUCAUUCAUUUGCAUGGGCGUUACAGACUUUUGUCCGCCUUAUGAGAGGAAGACGUCCACAGACAAUUCUAACAGAUAUAGAUUCAGGGCUGCGGGAUGGUAUAGCAAGGGAAUUGCCAAAUACUAAACAUGUUAUUUGUAUAUGGCAUAUCCUGUCCAAAUUAUCCAGUUGGUUCUCUCUGCCUCUUGGAUCACAGUUUGAAGAAUUUAAAGCUGAGUUUAAUAUUUUGUGUCACCUGGAGAAUGUAGAAGAUUUUGAACACCAGUGGAAUCUUUUGGUUGCUCGUUUUGGACUUGCUUCAGAUAAACACAUAGCUUUACUCUUCUCAUAUCGAGCAUCCUGGCCAUUUUCCUAUAUUAGAGGUUACUUUCUGGCUCGUGCAAUGACAGCAGAGUUUUCUCAAUCUUUGGAUACUUUCUUGAAAAGAAUCUUGAGUGGACAAACAUGUUUGCAAAUUUUCUUUGAGCAGGUUGGUACUGCUGCCAACUUUGGAAAUUUAACCAGAGAAGGAAUGCAGUAUAUGCAUAUCAAAACCUGCAUGCCUAUUGAAGAGCAUGCACGAAGCAUUCUUACACCAUAUGCCUUCCGCGUAUUACAACAUGAAAUUGUGCUGUCCUUGCAGUAUGCAACAACUGAAAUGGAUAAUGGCUCAUAUCUUGUGCGACACUACAAGAAAAUGGACGGCGAGUAUCUUGUGAUUUGGAUACCUGAGGAUGAGCAAAUUCAUUGUUCAUGUAAGGAAUUUGAACAUUCAGGAAUAUUGUGCAGGCAUUCUCUUCGAGUGUUUGUAGUGAAGAACUGCUUUCAGCUCCCGGAAAAAUAUCUUCUCCUUCGUUGGCGACUGGAGAGCUCAUUAGUUCCUAUGGAAGAUCAGCAUGCUCUAGGUAGCAGUGAUCAAUGUGCUGAGGCCUUUCAUUCCCUUGCUGCAUCUCUGUUGACAGAAUCAUUGAUAUCCAGAGAACGUUUUAGUUAUGUCCAUAGAGAACUUACUGGGCUUCUUGAUCAUGUCAGAAGUAUGUCAUUGAGUGAUGAAUAUGCUGUGAAUAUGGCAGCUAACAAUGUCAGUGAAUCAUAGGUUGGGCAAAGUAGCAAAUGGUGGGUCAAUAUAGCUGCCCUUGGAAACUUUUUCUUAAAAAAUUUAAGAGAUACCUGGAAGAUGAUACAGAGAGAGGUAUCGAAGGCACAUUACAAGAUUAGUAAGUAGUAACUACUGAUGUGAAUAAUUUAUCACUUUCUACUAUUGGCAAACUAAUAGAGGCUGUCAAGUACAGAAUUUUUAUUGUUUUCCACAGGCCAUCCUAGAUUUUUGCACAGAUGAAUUUUUAUUUUCACGAUUUACUGUAUUUACCUUGAUCAUCAACUGAAUGGUUAAAAGAAAAUGGCGGAAGCUUGUCUUUGGUUACAGUAAGAUGUAAUGCAUUUUUUAGAAGGCAUUUUUAGAUAAAUGUUUUAGAAGGAGAUUGUGUUUACAUAGAAUUUUUUUUUAAUGGUUGCAGUGGUCAGAGUCUCAGUUGUUGGGAUGCCUGUAAAUAGAAUUU